AAGAAUUAAUAAUUAUAAGAAAAAUGUCAUAUUUAAAGGGUGGAAAUUUUCCCAUCUAAAAAAAAAUCAUCAAUCUUUUCUUUGAAAAAUCAGAACAUACUUUAAUAAUGUCUCAAAGCAAAAAACUUAUCGUUGUAAGCGGUGCUACCGGUGCUCAGGGUGGAUCCGUUGUUAAUUCGCUUCUCGCUACCGGACAUUACAAAAUUAGAGCAUUAACUCGUAAACCAGAUUCAGAAAAAGCAAAAGCGUUAAAAUCUAAAGGAGUUGAAGUAUUUAAAUGUGAUUUAUCCAAUAAGGAUGAUGUUAAAGAGGCUUUAACAGGUGCUGAUAUUGCUUGGAUCGUUACUAAUUUCUGGGAUCCAUCGAUUGUUGGUCAAGAUGUUAAGGAAGAAGAAAGACAAGGUAAAAUGAUUGCCGACAUUGCUAAAGAAGUAGGAGUUAACUGGUUAAUUUACAGUUCUCUUCCUGAUACUACUACUGAAUCUGAAGGAAAGUACUCCGAAAUUAUUCACUUUGCUGGCAAAAAUCGCGUAGAACAGUACAUUAGGAAAUCAGGAAUUCCAAAUGUAACAUUUGCCUAUCUCGGUUUCUACUCCCAAAAUUUUGGAGUUUUCGUACCACAGGUUGAAAAAGACAAUGAAGUUGUGCUCUUGUUUCCUUACUUAGAGGAAACCGAUAAGCUUCCUAUGAUUGAUACUGAGAAUGAUACUGGUCCAAUUGUUGCAAAAAUUAUUGAGGAAGGACCUGAAAAAUGGAAUGGUAAAAAAGUUCCCGUUGCUGCUGAAUACGCUACUUUGAAAUCUAUUGCUGAAUCAUUUACUAAAGCUACUGGGAAAACUUAUAAAAUAAAGACUCUACAAGAUGAUGAAAUCGCAAAAGAAACCCCGUUUUUGAACAACGAAGAAGCUAAACAAAUGUACAAAUGGUUCAAAGAAUUUGGAUAUUAUGGAAAGGAUACUGAAGUUAGUGAUCUUUCUACUGCUAAGAAAUUACACCCAAGUAUUAAAACUUUUGAGCAAUUUGUAACUCAGAAUUACGGAAAGGCUUAAAAAAAUACUUUCCUUUUUUUGCCCUUAAUGUAACUAUUUUUUUUUUGAAAUAUAAAUAAAAUGUAACCGUUUUAAGUUUUUUUUAAUGAUCGUGAAAUGGAUGA